UUAAGUCAAGAUUCCCUUUAAUUUCCCGCCUAAAGCCUCCUCAACCAUAAGGCCGCAUCUUCUUUAAUAAAAUGAAUUCUGAUUCGAGCUCUGUCUCCAGCAGAGCGUCAUCUCCGGACAUGGAUGAGAUGUACCUAAGAGACCACCACCACCGCCACCAUCACCACCACCAGGAGAGCCGUCUCAACUCGGUCUCAUCCACACAGGGCGAUAUGGUGCAGAAGAUGCCUGGGGAAAGCCUCUCGCGAGCGGGCGCCAAGGCCGCCGGAGAAAGCAGCAAGUACAAAAUCAAGAAGCAGCUGUCGGAACAGGAUCUUCAGCAGUUGCGGCUGAAGAUCAACGGACGUGAGCGAAAGAGGAUGCACGACCUGAACCUCGCCAUGGACGGUCUGCGCGAGGUCAUGCCCUAUGCGCACGGGCCCUCGGUGCGCAAGCUAUCCAAGAUCGCCACUCUGCUGCUAGCUAGAAACUACAUCCUCAUGCUCACCAGCUCUCUGGAGGAGAUGAAGAGGUUGGUUGGCGAGAUAUACGGAGGCCACCAUUCGGCCUUCCACUGUGGGACCGUGGGACACUCGGCGGGCCACCCGGCACACGCAGCGAACACCGUGCACCCGGUACACCCCAUCCUGAGCGGCGCGCUCUCGUCCGGCAAUGCCACGUCCCCGCUGUCCGCCGCCUCCCUGCCGGCCAUUGGCACCAUCCGACCUCCCCACUCGCUGCUCAAGGCGCCCUCCACGCCGCCCGCGCUGCAGCUGGGCAGUGGCUUCCAGCACUGGGCGGGGCUGCCCUGCCCUUGCACCAUCUGCCAGAUGCCACCGCCCCCGCACCUGUCUGCCCUUUCCACUGCCAGCAUGGCCCGGCUGUCUGCCGAGUCCAAGGACUUGCUCAAGUGAGCCGCAGGCCUGCCCGGCCAGGAGGAGGAAGGGAGAGUUGAGGCAGGGGUCGCGGUGCCGGGCCUGGAGGGAAGGGGA